AUGACAGGAAAAAAAGAAAAAUCCAAGGAGAGAAAGGAAAAGAGACUCCAAGAGAUUUCUCUUCUCAGGACCAUUCCUUAUUCUGAUCAUCAGAGGUGGUGGUCAGAAGAAACUAUUGCUGUAGUAACUGGUGCUAAUAGAGGAAUCGGGUUUGAGAUUGCAAGACAACUUGCUGGGCAUGGAUUGACAGUAAUACUAACAUCAAGGGACACUAGCGUCGGCAUUGAAGCAGCCAAGGUCUUACAAGAAGGGGGUUUCAAUGUGGAUGUCCAUCAGCUCGAUGUCUUGGAUCAUGAAUCAAUUUCAGCGUUUAUUGAAUGGAUAAAAGAAAAAUAUGGUGGCAUUGAUAUUCUGGUAAAUAACGCAGGUGUUAACUACAAUCUUGGGUCUGAAAAUUCGGUGGAAUUCGCUAGGCAGGUUGUUGAUACCAAUUAUUAUGGCACCAAACGUAUGAUUAAAGCAAUGAUACCAUUGAUGAGACCUUCUGCUGCUGGUGCUCGUAUCGUUAAUGUGAGCUCACGGCUAGGUAAACUAAAUGGCCGGCGCAAUAGAAUUGAAGAUGAAACUUUGAGAAAAGAACUAAACGGUUUGGACACUCUCUCUGAGGAAUUGAUUGAUAGGACACUGUCUACUUUCCUACAACAAGUUGAAGAUGGCACUUGGGAAUUAGGUGGAUGGCCUAAGGCUUUCACUGACUACUCAGUAUCUAAACUUGCUGUUAAUGCUUACACUAGGGUGGUGGCAAAGGAACUCUCUGAUCGGCCAGAAGGUGAAAAGAUAUAUAUCAACUGUUACUGCCCAGGAUGGGUGAAGACUGCAAUGACAGGUUGGGCAGGCAGUAUUUCAGCUGAAGAUGCGGCUGACACUGGAGUCUGGCUUGCCCUCCUUCCAGACGAGGCAGUAACAGGAAAAUUUUUUGCGGAGAGACGGGAAGUGAACUUCUGA